AUGGAUUAUAAGAUGGAUGGAUAUUUGGACCAGCAAGUGCCUUUUACGUUAAAUAAGUCGCAAGGAAAUGGGCCUCUAAAUAGACUGUUGAUGGCAGCGAAAAGGAAAUACAUGGACACAGAAUUACCCCCUCAGGAAUCCGAAGACCUCUUCCAGGAUUUAAGCCAACUCCAGGAGACGUGGCUCACAGAAGCUCAGGUUCCUGACAGCGAUGAGCAAUUUGUUCCUGAUUUCCAUUCUGAAAACUCAGUGGCAUUUCACAGUCCUCCAGUCACUAUAAAGAAGGAACCUCAGAGUCCCGGGUCGGACCCCAGUCAGUCCUGUAGCCACAAGCAGACAUUCAGCUACCCCAGCGGAGAGCAGUGCCUUUACGCCAGUGCCUAUGAGCAAAAGAGGGCUGCAGCGGGGGCCAAGAGCUCCUGUCCCGGGACCCCUAUGUCCCCCAUGACGCAGCAGCACUACUCCCCCAAAUCCACUGCAGCUGGACGGCCCGAUGCGGGGUACAUGAACCACGCCUCGGCCACGCAGCCACUGCCCAGCAACAGCUUCCACCUCAAUCCCAGCUCCAGGUACCAGGGUCAUUCAGGAGACCCGAUGGGCCCGCCUCAGUUCCCCCCUCCAGCGCCGGCCUUCCAGCGCAUGCCCUCUGCCCCGUCGGGACACGGCAGCAGUGGGACAGGGGGAGGUGGGGGUCCAGGAGGAGGAGGAGGAGGAGGAGGGGGUCCUGGAGGAGGAGGGUAUCACCGGCAGCACUCGGACCCCUGCAUGCCCUACCUGCAGCAGAGCUUUAAGCAAGAGUACCUCGACCCCAUGUACGAGCGGGCGGCUCAGGGCCUGGCGGGACACGGGCACAGGGCACACCCGCACCCCCACCCUCACCCACACCCACACCCCCACCCUCACUCACAGCCGCAUCAGCACCGCUUCCCCCCCGCCCACAUGAUGGUCAAGCAGGAGCCCACAGACUACACCUACGAACCUGGUGAGUACAGAGGAGCUAGUUUUCCAACACAAAACCAAUGCUAUUAG